UUUGGAUUUCCCAUGCGGUCCAGCGCCAACUUCUGGCAAGCCUUCCCUUCUUGUUCACUCGAAUUCGUGGCAGUAUCCUGGCUUCCGUGUGUUCCAUUCGCUCGCUCUAUCGAGGCCCACGGUGUUUGCCUGGUGUAGUUGCCGCCUUGCUGUCGUGCCUCCCGUUGGGGCCGUCUCCACGGCCACCAACAGCCCCACGGCCCCCCACCUCAGAGCUGUGUAGCCCGCUUGCCCUGGCCGCCACCUGCGAUCGGCUUGGAGAAAGCGGCCCGCAGGAGUUACGACCCUGUGGAACCAAGCCCAUCGUUUAGGACGCCGUGGCUCGGAAGCGCGACACCUCCAACAGGCUCAGGAGGGGGCCUAUGGCGUACGCCGCCGACGACAGCACGGACGCCGCUCGCCCCACUGCGAACGCCAUCAACACCGCCAGUGCCGGAUCCGCGAGCCAGGCCGUGGGACCCGUCGAAGCCCGCAGACUCCUACAGCCCAGGUUGGGAGUGGCAAGCGCCACAGGCUGUACACGCGACCUUCGUCGCACCAGUGCCGAUACCGCGUGUGGCGUCGCAUAUCACGGGCCCAUCAAUCGCAUCAUGGGCGCGCUGAGCAGCAUUCCCGAGCAGAUGCAGCUCGUCCAGAAAGGUCUGCACGUGUUCGUGUACUUCGUGGCAUGAUCGAAAGAGUCUGCCUCCAGCGCUCGCAGUGUAUCACACGGCUUGGCCAGAAGCAUCUUAUCCUAUAUUAACCCGGCCGUGCGACUCAUGUCGAGGGAAGAUUCACACCAGGUGCAUCUUUGCAGUCGUUGCACUUUGGAGAAUGUAUUGCGGUGGCGAAGGGCCAGGGACCUGAACUCGUGAUUGGAAUCUAUUGAGCCAGACGCGGAGAGCUCGUUCAUCGGAUUCAGUGGGAUCUUCUAUAUGCCUUGGGCCACUGGGUGUCCAAGGGCAGCUUGAGGCCUCUUGGCUCCACACGACAGCGCUGGUUUAAAAUUCGUCGCAAGCUUUAGUAGAUUCCCCCGCGCGGUCGGGAUCCUACUUCUACGCGCUGGCGGUCUGGUUAACCUGAGUUCGCGAAGAGCCUCUUUCAAAUACGGUUCCGAUGUUCAUUUGUGUGCUUUUAGAUUUCGUUGCGCAAGUUCUGAGUGUCUUCCCUAUUCUCGCCAGGCUUCCCCUUGAGGGGAGUGAUGCUCGGCUAUGCUCGGCAGCGAUAGACCAGUGCAUGCCCUCACCACCUCACGACCAUCUCUUUUUCGCGCAUGCUGUUUCUUAUAAGCUCGGCUCUGCCUCCAUACUCUUGCACUGCCGCCGAAUUUUGCGUGAUGCCGUGUGGCAACACAUGCACGUAAUAGCUAGAGGACUCGCGGCAAGAUCUGAUUGUUCGAAACAUCAGAUACAUCUGCAUAUCACCAGUAGUUGCGGUGGUCUCACACGCACGUUGCGACUGUCUCAUACGCACGUCAAAGUGCGUCAAGCUUUCGAUGUGUG